GGAGUAUGGAAAGUUUACAAUCCACAGAAGGAAAAAGAUGGUGAAGGUAACGUUGCAGAGGAAAGGUCCGACAAAUCUUUGCAAAAUGAUACGGAGGAGUUUGUAGGGAAUGUUUCCAAAACAACCCCAAUCAAUUUAGAAACAGGCGAUCAUUCGUGUAAAGAUAUGGAAAACAUCAACCCACAAGAUCCUUUCAUUACUAAUUUCCCCCAAGCUAAGGAGUUUCCAAAUAUAGAGAUACCAGCUGCAGAUAAGGGGGCAACUUUCAUAGAGAAUCCUAGGAAUUUCUUGGAAGUACCAGUAACCAAAGAUCCCAUGGAGUGGCUCCGUCGAUUAAAUGAGCGGUGUUUAUUUUCGUCUUUUCUAGUGGAUCAUCAAUACACUUGCAGAGAAAUGGGUGAAAUCUCUGUAGAUGAUGAGAUGGGUUUAAUGUGCCAAAAGGAGCCUCCAGACAAAGGCUUUUACUCGAACAAUUAUAAUACUUACCAUAUUGAACUGGAUUCACAUGAUUCAGACUUUGAUAAUGGCAUGCAAGAACAAUGCCAAACCUCUAUUCAGCCGAAAUCCUUUUGA